GCAGUUACACGCUCCGGUGCUAUAUCUCCGACAAGCCGGGGAAGAGGUGAAGGCAACACAGGAUCUUAACCAUGGGGCGAUUCUAAGAGAUAAAGGCGAGCUCCCCCGUCGGAGAUCAUUGAACAGAAUCAUCUACAUGACCAAAGAAACGAGACCGGCAACGAGAAACGCAAGCGUAACAAUCAUGCAAUUUAAAUACAGACGGAUCUAAGCAACCGCUUCUUCUUCAAGGUUACACCUCUUGAAGACGCCCUAACAUCCCCACUUGGCGUAGAUCAGCUGGCGUACGUUGGUUGAUCGUCACCGGUACCGACCAUGUCCGUGGAAGAGCAGGGCUACUCAAACGCCGUGAUGCUACUGGAGGCCGGACCGGAGUGGAUGCGGGCCGAGAUCGAGCGUCUCUCCCGGGAGCUGAGUGAGACCACGAAUGAGAAGAUCCAGGCGGCGGAGUACGGACUGGUGGUGCUGGAAGAGAAACAGCAGCUCAAACAGCAGUACGAUGACCUGGAGAUCGAGUACGAGGCCGUCAGGCAGGAGCUCGACCAGCUGAAAGAGUCAGAGACACCACAUGCAGAGAGGUUUUCGGCUCUCUGCUUCUCCCUCUUCUUCUCCAUCCGGCUUCCAGUGGCCCUCUCUCCAGUGAUUGUUAUUGCUGAAAGGAGGAGGUCUCAGGCCUGUCUCAGCAACUCCUGCUCAGUUUCCCAUGCAUGUCUUUGGCAAGAAGGCCUAGCUCUGCCACAGAGGAAUGACAGCAAAAAAAUAAAGCUCUGAAAAGAAGAAACAGACUGGAAACAGUGUAAAAGAGUAACCAUGGCAGCGAUCUAAAGCAGAUUAAAAGAAGCAGGGGCGUUUGUGGCGACAUUUAUUGUGUUUUUCAAAAUAUACCAGUUGAAGUCUUAUUUAAAAAAGCAGCUGA